UUUGAGACGCUUGGUCGGCAGCGUGCCCUGUGUCGUCCGCACGCGCCCCGUCUCCGGUCCGUCUCCGGUCCCUAGUUCUAGGCAUUCAUUAGCCGGUGCGUCCGUUCAGGUCCAGUGCUCGCAUACUUCCCGGACACAGUUCAGUUUUGUGAACACUUGAACAUUAUUUCGUGACACACUUGAAGAAAGUGAAGCGUGCUGCUGCAUUCAGGAUUUGUGUCCUGACUCCGAGGAAACUAAUCCUACACCACACAGAACGGGUGGUGCUAUCAGCAUGAAGGGUGACGGGCUGCGCUUGGCGCGGCUGGCGCUUCUGUUACUGCAGGCCACCUAUGUUAUCAGUCGAACCGCGUUCGAAAAGCUGACAGAUGUGGACUUCGCGGGCACAGCGUACUACACGGUGCGCAACCUGUCCCUGUACGAGUGCCAGGGCUGGUGCCGCGAGGAGCCCGACUGCCAGGCCGCCUCCUUCAGUUUUGUGCUGAACCCUCUGACGCCAGUGCAAGAGACGCGCUGCCUGCUGCAGAAUGACACACAGGCCAACAACCCCAUGGCCACUCCUCAGCGCUCGGUGAAUACGUACUACAUGGUGAAGCUGCAAGUGCGCACGGAGAGCGUGUGCCUGCGGCCCUGGGCGUUCGAGCGCGUGCCGGGCAAGACGCUGCGCGGCCUCGACAACACUGUCAUCUACACGUCCACCAAGGAAGCUUGUCUCGCCGCCUGCCUUAACGAGAAAAAGUUCCCUUGUCGUUCGGCGGAGUACGAGUACGGUAGCAUGAGGUGUUCUCUGAGUGACUCCGACAGACGUACAGCGCAACACUUUGUGCAGCUCGUGGACACGCCCGGCACCGACUACUUCGAGAACCUGUGCCUGAAGGCGUCGCAGGCGUGCAAGGGACAGCGCGUAUUCACCGCGCCGCGCAUCGGCGUCGCUGAGGACAAGGUGGCUCAGUACGCUGGCCUCCACUACUACACUGACAAGGAACUACAGGUGACAUCCGAAGCAGCCUGCCGUCUCGCAUGCGAAAUAGAAUCGGAGUUCCUGUGUCGUUCGUACCUGUACAUGGGCCCCCCUCACUCGGCCGCCUACAACUGCCGGCUGUACCACCUGGAUCACCACACCCUGCCCGACGGACCCUCGGCUUACCUUAACGCAGAACGACCUCUCAUCGAUGAUGGAGAACCUAUCGGAAAAUACUUCGAAAACUUCUGUGAGAAGCCGCCUAGCAACGCAAAUCCUCCUGGAGAGCUGCCUGUAACGAUUGAGCAUCAACAAGAUACGAACAUGUCGAGCAACUUGACGAGAAACGAUGCCAAUUGUGACAAAACUGGAACUUGCUACGAUGUUUCGGUGCUUUGCAAGGACACUAGGAUUGCCGUGCAAGUGCGCACUAACAAGCCAUUCAACGGACGUAUCUAUGCUCUGGGGCGCUCGGAGACUUGCAAUAUUGACGUUGUGAACAGCGACCUAUUCCGACUCGACCUCACCAUGGCUGGCCAGGACUGCAACACUCAGAGCGUCACCGGAGUAUAUUCGAACACUGUUGUCCUGCAACACCACAGCGUAGUGAUGACGAAAGCGGACAAGAUCUACAAAGUCAAGUGCACAUACGACAUGAGUUCGAAGAACAUCACAUUUGGAAUGGUACCAAUCAGAGACCCGGAGAUGAUUUCCAUCACUGCCGCGCCCGAGGCUCCUCCACCACGUAUCCGCAUCCUGGACGCUCGCCAACGCGAGGUGGAGACUGUACGCAUCGGAGACAGGCUUACCUUCCGCAUCGAGAUCCCCGAAGACACUCCUUAUGGCAUCUUCGCCCGCAGCUGUGUCGCUAUGGCUAAGGAUUCUAAGAGCACUUUCCCGAUUAUUGAUGAUGAAGGAUGCCCAUUGGACCCGUCAAUCUUCCCAGCGUUCACUCCCGACGGCAACGCUCUCCAAUCCGUGUACGAAGCGUUCAGGUUCACUGAAUCUUAUGGAGUCAUCUUCCAAUGCAACGUCAAGUACUGUCUUGGACCUUGCGAGCCGGCGGUGUGCGAAUGGGGUCGAGAUUCUUUGGAGUCUUGGGGCAGAAAGAAGCGUUCGUUGCCCCACAACGAGACGAGCGAAGCGCACAGUCAGGAGGAAGAUAUGAACAUCUCGCAGGAGAUCUUGGUUCUAGACUUCGGUGAUGAGCGACAGAGCACAGACUUCCUGCGCUCCGACAAGCCGGGUGGUGUGGCGUCUGAAGCUAACUUCGGAGAAAAAACAGUAACGAUCGUAGAGCCGUGUCCCAGCAAGGCGUCGGUGCUGCUGCUGGGAGUGGCGUGUGCCCUGCUGGUGCUGCUGUACAUCGCGACCAUCUUCUGCUACUACAUGCGCAAGUGGCUCGCGCCGCCCAAGCACAUGUCGUAAUUACUCCUAACUUUAGAGGCUAUGUUCGCGUUGUCACGACGCUAGGGACCCACGUUCCAAUGUGUCUUGUAUUGACGAACAUGUGAUACAAAUGACUGACGAACACAACAUAAAAAACAACGUAUUCUCAGACAUCCGUCCAUUUAGUAUAAGUUCCGUGAAUAUUUUCGUGGUGUAUAUGUAGAAUUUGGGAAAUGAUUUCUGACGCCUAAUAUUUGGUAUGAUUGUUGUAACCACCGCGUGAUUUGCAUUUAAUUUAGAAAUAAUUUAUUGCAUUUAGAAGCAUUUAUUAAUUUUAAGUAGGUGUAUGAGUAGAUCAAUCACCUUAUAAAAUCUUACUAAUUCCCUUAAUACUGCAGUUUAAAGGGUAAUGAAUUAUUGCAUUUAAUUAGAUAAUUUUAACAGUAUAAGACAAUGCAUUUAUUAUGAGGUAUAAGAUAGUUGACCAUUUUGUACAAUUUUUGAGUACUCAUCAUAUCAGUAGUUACAAAAUAAUGUUUGGAAUAAUCCCUGAAAAAUGAUUAAGAUUUGCUAUUCAUCAUCAAUUAGUUUUAGGGGAUUAUUCUGAACCUACUACAUUGGUAAUUUAGAUAUUAGGACAAUUAAUUAUUGUAAGAGUAAUAAUAGUCACAACUAUUUGCAUUUUUUGUAACACUAUUAUAAUCACAUUAUUUCAUACAUUUUUAUGACAGUUUGGGGUAAAAGUUUUUAUAUAAUGAAACAUUCUAAAACAAUUUGUAAAUAUACUGUUACCUUAAAGACUUUGUGCUACAAUGCUUAGUAUGACUUUUGAACUUUCAGUUGGGUUCUGAAGAAAUAUGUAACACACUUUGUACCAUUGUGUUUGUGUACAAACUGAUGUAGAUGUGUUUCUCCUAACCCAACUUGAGACUUCUUCUUUAUUUAUUUAAAUUAAUUUUUAAUUUAUCUAUUUAUUUUACUUUUCAUUUUAAUUAAGAAAUGAAAUAAACUGUACAAAUUUA